AUGCCUGGACUAUGUUGGUACGGACAGAAGUCUGUUGUUAAACUUUUGUUGAAGCAUGGUGCAAACGUCAACGCUGAAGACAGGGUGAGUUAGUAAACGUUUUAUACAUUGUAAAUCAAACAAUAUAUUGCCGUGAGAACAUGAACGCCUACGGUCAACGUAAUAGACCAAUUCCGAUAUAUUAAAAUUCAUACUUGGCUGCGAGGAUUGGGGAAAAAAAACAAAAGAAACCAUCUUGAGGCUCCGCAAUGAAUAAUACAUUUCUUUUGUUUUAUUCCCACAAGCCUCAGAACCAAGUAUGAAUUUUAAUAUAUCGAAAAUGGUCCAUUUACUACAACUAGCGAACAACCACGGGACCUUAGGCUUUUGCGAACAUCUUAUUAUGCACUUCCUGCAAGGAUUUUCAGAGAUCUUUUUACAACAAUGAUCGAAGUACGUUAGCAAGACUGCUUUUUGUGCAGUAGUUUGCAAGUAUAGAACAGAAGCAAUGAGCUAUGAAUACCCCCUAAUGUGAUUGUGAAUUAGAGAUAAACCACCAUACCGGGGACUACUUCCCCUUACUCUUAGUUUUCUAGCGUCGCACAGAAUUUAGUAUGUGUGUGUGUGUGAGGGUUGUGAGACGAAGCUGAAGGUUUAUCGUCCUUGUCCGAGAAGACUAGCCGUUUUCUAAAAAAAAAAUUGUGGUAAAGGCUGAAAUCCGAUUUGCAGCUAAAACUAUUUUUAUGUCAUUGUCAAGUGAUAUAUAUUCCGAUCGCCCAAAAAUAAUAUCAUGAUAAAGUUUAGUUUAUGUGUAAUACAUAUGUUAUAAUAGCCUGGGACCAGGCUUUGAAGUGGGGUAAAAAAAGGAAAAAAACUCGACCAGUGAAGCGGACGAGGGAGUCAGGGGAGGGAUGAAGAUGACGGAGCUCCGCCGCCUUCCCCCUCCUCAGUCCACCACUCGGCUCGCUUCGCUCGCCGAUUUUUUUCCUGUAUUAUGUCGUUUUUUGCCUUUUCCCCCUACUACGGAGCCUGGUCCCAGGCUAAUGUUAGGGACCGUUCAUUUUUUACUAGGUAGGGGGGGCUGGUGGAAUUUUUUGAACCCCCAUUACGAAUUACCAUGGCCCCCCCACUCAGUCCUCAUUUUUUCUCAUGGUACCCCCCAAAGACGGUCAUUUUUUGGGGGUGACCCCCCCUCCUUUGAAAAGAGACAUCAUCGUAAUUAAACCUGACAUGCAUAUAUUUGCAGUGUACAAUGUGAUUUGUAUUUUCUGUUCAAUGUCAAGCUGUUGACAACUCAUUCUACAGAUGUAGCAGCCACUUCUGUUAAUUCAAAAAGUAAAUUCUGUCCAUUUGCUAAGGCACUUCUUCACUAUUUUUCAAACAUAAAAAAAAUAUAGAGAAUCAAAAGAAAGAAAAGUCAAUUUCCGAUCUUCGGUUUAUGGAUCUUCCAGAGCGUGUCGUUGCUGGCCUCUCAACUUCUUCCUCGUCAUCGAUAAAGGAUAGGAUGACAUCUUCACCCCCAGAGUUGAUGGAAUUAAAAACUUGCAAGAGGUGACAGGUCGCACAUCUUCACCGGCGUGAAGCCUUUGAAAGCCUUUUACAUAUUGCUCCAUUGAGGAGAACUCUUUUAGGGAUCUUACAGUUUGAAAUUUGAACGAUGGUAGAGCUUCUUUAUAGCGGUUCAAGAUACGGCUCGGUACAGUUUAUGUUCAGCAAGGAAAACUGUGUAAGUUGAGCAGAACCUUUAAAAUGUGCAACAGACAAUUUAUUCAGUUCGCGCGUAUUCCUGUUGAAUUUGUUGCCCGUUUAUGAGAUUUGUCUACUCAAAAAUAUAAUAAUUUUUCCAUAGCUGCUGUUAUCUUCGGGUAUCUGGUUUUAAUAUCUCCGUAAAGUUUAGGUUUACGCGAUCUCAGAGAACAAUGUUCAGCUGUCCACAGCACGUAGCCUUUAAAUAUAUCCAGAUCUAACACUGGUUUUGUGUAUUUAUCACGUCUUUAGUAGAAGCGUGAUUUAAAUACAUUAUGAUGCUGUCUCCUUUGAAUGUCGCUUUGAAACUCAAUCGCUUUGUAAAUGUGACUAGUAGUUUUAAUAUCAGAGGAGAGUAUUUUAAAGCUCGAUAUUUUUCAAUGCCAUUAGCAUGUUGUUUUUUUACCAAUCAACUCUCUCGCUCCGUAGGGCGGGAAGGAGAGAACCCUGGGAACGAGGUUGUCAAUUGACUGGCUUUUUUGUGCCACUACAUAAUGUCUGCAGUUAAAUAUAGGUUUACAAGCAAGACCGGCGGUUUCGAAUCUUACAAUUCUCAUCAGUUGCUAUGUGGUGGGAUGGUUUAGGUGAAUUCUGGACCAUUCCGUAUUGCUUGAUUUGGUAGGCGUUUAUGAUCCACCUGGUUUGUUUGGAGGGUCGAAAAUGGUGCGGUUUGAUUGGUUCCUUGCAAAAAAACAAUCAAAAUGAGAAAGAAUGGCGAAAGCGACCAGUCUUUCAAGAAUAGGUUCACUGCUGAAAGAUCGCGGCAAUUUGAUCUUUUGCAAUCAAAAGAGGUUGCCGACCAAAAUGCAGACGGCUGCUCGAAAAGGGCAUGUGAAUUUCUCAAGCCAGGAUAUAAUCAGCUUAAGCCCAGUGAUGGCAGGAGAUUGAACUCUUCGAUUAAAGAGCACCAAAGUAUGCUUGGGAAGCUGAAAAGCGUAGUGAAAGCCUUGAAAGAACAUGAUUCUACGCUUUUCCAGUCUAAUGGGCUUAUCUUGAAGCAAGGAGAAGAAUUUGCUCACGACUUCAAUGUAAGGUAGAUCAAGUGCGUCGAGGCUAAGGUACAAAAGGUAACGCGGGAUACAGAGACACUAGAAGAAAGUAAAGACAGUUUUCGUAGCAUUUUCAAGGGCCUACAUAGAGACCGUAUCAGCAAGGGAAGAAGAAAAAAAGAAAACCGUCGCCAAUCGAAUGCAAGAAAAAAGAAAACGUUUGAAAACAACGUCCAACGAGUGUAUAGUAGUAUUUGUGUGGUUUCCUCCACACAUGUCCAAUAUGCACAAACGGAUACGAUUCGUCAAACUGAUGGUCCAUUGGUACCAAUGGUACGAUUGGUACCAAUAGAAAAGCACCCUAUUCCAAUGGUUCUGUUGGUGCAUAUGCAUCUAAUUAAGGAGACUUAGAUUAUUUUCCCAUGUGACCUGGUUGGGUAAAGGGCAGUUCCAAUGGUCCAUUGGUACCAAUGGUACGAUUGGUACCAAUGGAAAAGCACCCUAUUCCAAUGGUUCUAUUGGUGAAUAUGCAUCUCAUAAAGGGGACUUAGAUUAUUUUCCCAUGUGACCUGGCUGGGUACAGGGCAAUUCCGAUGGUCCAUUGGUACCAAUGGUGCGAUUGGUACCAAUGGAAAAUGAUGCCAUUCCAAUGGUUCUAUUGGUGCAAAACAAGUUCACGUUUACACCAAGUGAAAACACGCUAAUAAUUAUUAUGAACGUUCCUCGUUCUAUAAGAAAACCACGCAAAACAAGUUCGCUUUUACAUCAAGUAAAAGCGCGCUAUAACUCUGAUGAAUAUUCCUCGUUCUAUAUCCCAAUCACGCAAAACAAGUUCGCUUUUACACCAAGUAAAAGCGCGCUAUAUUCCUCGUUCAAUCAGCCAACCAUGCAAAACAAGUUCGCUUUUACACCAAGUAAAAACGCGCUAAUAAUUAUUAUGAAUAUUCCUCGUUCUAUAAGCCAACCAUGCAAAACAAGUUCGCUUUUACACCAAGUAAAAACGCGCUAAUAAUUAUUAUGAAUAUUCCUCGUUCUAUAAGCCAACCAUGCAAAACAAGUUCGCUUUUACACCAAGUAAAAACGCGCUAAUAAUUAUUAUGAAUAUUCCUCGUUCUAUAAGCCAACCAUGCAAAACAAGUUCGCUUUUGCACCAAGUAAAAACGCGCUAAUAAUUAUUAUGAAUAUUCCUCAUUCUAUAAGCCAACCACGCAAAACGAGUUCGCUUUUACACCAAGUAAAAACGCGCUAAUAAUUAUUAUGAAUAUUCCUCAUUCUAUAAGCCAACCAUGCAAAACAAGUUCGCUUUUACACCAAGUAAAAACGCGCUAAUAAUUCUUAUGAAUAUUCCUUGUUCUAUAAGCCAGCCACACAAAACAAGUUAAAACGAGUUCGCUUUUACACCAAGUAAAAACGCGCUAAUAAUUAUUAUGAAUAUUCCUCGUUCUAUAAGCCAACCACGCAAAACAAGUUCGCUUUUACACCAAGUAAAAGCGUGCUAUAAUUCUUAUGAAUAUUCCUUGUUCUAUAAGCCAGCCACACAAAACAAGUUAAAACGAGUUCGCUUUUACACCAAGUAAAAACGCGCUAAUAAUUAUUAUGAAUAUUCCUCAUUUUAUAAGCCAACCACGCAAAACAAGUUCGCUGUUACACCAAUUAAAAACGCGCCAUAAUUCUUAUGAAUAUUCCUCGUUCUAUUGGCUAACCAGGCAAAACAAGUUCGCUUUCACACAAAGUAGAAACGCACUAAUAGUUACAAAGCGAGGGCGACCUAUAUAUCUAGCACUAAUAAUAUCUCAAGGUGCUGCGAGUAUAACAAACAUCGUACGAACAUUAAAAUUGAAAGGUAACUCGUCACUGUCGUGUUCGUUCUGUUUAUUGUGAUUCACGAGCAAACAACAACAUGACAUAUGAAUGUCUUCUUUCCUGUACGCAAGCACUAUUUUUAAAAAGAACCCGAAUCAACGCGGAAAGGCGCGAAACUAGCAAAGUGGUAUUGAGGCAACAGGUCUUAACAACUGUACUCAACUCACUGUGAAAUUAACUUCUGAAAUUUCUUAGCGCAAUUUCAUUAUCUACAUGGAAGCGUUUAAACCUUAACAAGUUUUCAAUGAGGAGUUUCCGAAAAGGGUGGUUAUAUCAUGCUGUUGGUUAUGACUUUGUAUUGUAUUUGGUGGCUCCUAGGAGAGCCGUUUUAUAUUCAAGUGACUGAGUCACUUUUGACUGUUGACGUGGGGUUUGCCUUGGUAACCCAUUGAGGUACACCAGUUUGCUAUAAUCAACGUCGUAGUAAAACCAUUGAUGUAUUUAAUGUCAACGUUGUCGUUGACAAAUUGUAUUUGCCGUGCUCUUUUCUCGGCUGUAGCUUGCGAUGAGGCCCAGGACUGAGCUAGAAGAAUCCAUCUACUGUUAAUGAGAUGCAUAUUCACCAAUAGAACCAUUGGAAUAGGAUGCUUUUCUCUUGGUACCAAUCGUACCAUUGGUACCAAUGGAGACCCUUCUUAUCACCACUAACACCAAUGGAGUCUAUUUGUGAGUAUUGGACAACCCUCCGGAAACCCACUAGGUAAUGAUCUUCCGAAAUGUCUUCUGUAUCCUCCUUGCCUUGCCGUCCCUGAAGGGUGCAUCGACGUUGAAAAAGUUUGCGAAUUGCCUUUUGAUCGAGAUGCGGCAUACAUUGCACAGCUCUUGCAAGGAAACCAUUUCAGCAACGCCGUAGGAAGCAGAAUUAUCAUAAACCUCAAGCCGGAGGUUAGAGAUAACGUGUACUGCUUCAUGUACCCUGAAGAGUAUGCUAUGACUGAAAACGACGAAAGUGACUCUAGCAGCAGCACGAGCGAUGAGGAAGAGCUUGGCAAUGAUGACGAAGAGGAACAUGAGCAGAGAGACGUUGCACAGCACUAACCUGAUAAAGAAUCUUUUAAUGAUAGUUUCCUAGCUUUGAAAAUUGUUGUGGUGGAACUGAACGCUGUCAUGUAAACGCAGAACAAAAGUUUUUGAUACAUUUAUAUACCUUUUGCUUGUUUCUGUAUAUGUAGUCUUAUUUAAUAAUAAAACAUCAUGUCAACUCUACAUGAACUAAAAUAUUUCGCGUGACCCCCCCCUUCCCUCCGUUUUUUUCGGGAUGGCCCCCCUUUUACGCCGUUUUUUUGGGGUGCCCCCCCCAAAAUCCCACCAGCCCCCCUUGCCUCGUAAAAAAUGAACGGUCCCUUAUAAUGGUUUUACAAACAAGAUUAGUUUAAAUACAAGAGACUCAAAAAUGGAAGAUGUACCUGCAAAAAUACUGGUUCCAGGCACCUUAAUGCAGGUUUCCUUGUGGUGGUGGCUACCUUAUGUAGACAUACCCUAAAUGACCAAAUAAACGCUCGGUGCGUCUUUUUAAUUUUAGGGGUCCAAACUGUAACAAGCUCAACAAAACUCAUCUGCUUUCGGCGAAAAUAUCAAAAGAGUUUAAAAAUACCGGAAUAUCUACUCCAUCGUUAGUCUAUCCUGACGUCAAACUUGACAUUGAACAAAAUGAAAUACGCAAAGCCUCGUUAAUCAAGCAAGAAACUGAAUAAUUUAAAUCAUUUGGCACCUUCUUGCUAAUUCCUAGUACUUUGGAGUCAUUCUCACAGGGGGCGUCUAUUAGACAGGGGGCGUUUAUUAGAGAGGGGCGUCUAAUUUAAUUUUAACAUCAUAGAGCCUGACUCGUCCCCAGUCGUCUCUUAUCAUUAAUUUUGUAGGCGAUCAUGGAACGGUCUCGGAAGACUAUUACGGCACUUCUGUCCCCGCGCACAUCUUCCACGCGCAUCCCUCGUUAAUAUUUAAAAUUAAUAGACAAAAGAGACGACUGGGGACGAGUAAGGCGUAGAGGGGGCGUUUAUUAUAUAAGAGGCGCUUAUUUGGAAGUGGGCGUUUAUUACGUCAUUUACGGUACCGGUAGUUAGAAUAUUCUCCUUGGUAAAUAGCAACUGGUAAGUAAUGCGUAUUACCCUACUUGCGAUGUUUUUAGUUUCAAGGUACACCUCUGCAAAAAGCUGAACGUCAAAACCACCACUUCAUAAUGCAGUUGCUGCGGAAGAAUGAUGCCAGACCAAGUCUUCAUCAACCAGUAAGAUAUCAGAUUGUAUGUACUUUUUGCCAACCUUGUCUUUCAGAUGAAAUUCGCUUAUAUUUGUUGUACUCUUUGUUGAAUAUUUGGAACGUUACUGUAGGACCUAUUCAUCGUCGUAUGAGCUUUUAUCCUACCUUAUAUCGCGAAGACCUUAUAUUUGUUCUUCUCUACAGGAACAUUAUUUAUAUUCCCUCGGUUACGCCCUUCCGGGGAUCACUUUAUAGUGAAUUUACUGUGAGCUUACUGUAAAACAAACCCAUUGAUAGUGGACACCAGCAAAGGUCGCGUGUGUGUCCGGUUAAUACCAGUUUCAUCGUACAUUUUAUUUCUUAGUUAUUAAUGUUUAUGGUUCUGGCGUUUCGUCCUACACACGCGCUCUUAAUAAAUGGUUAUGAACACACUGGGGAAAUAUGCUGCAAUUGCAUGGAUGGGAAGAAGACUACUCUAUUCGAUAGUCAGUUGCUUGCUGAAGCAUUUAACAAGAAAAAUUAAACUAAAAACGUUACUCGACGUUUCAAUGUAUCACACAUCAUUAUCAGGCGUAAGAAAUGUUAAGUUUCAAACACUAUUGCUUGGAAAGUGCAUCUUAACUGUAACUAUUAGACUUACAAGUAAAUCCGUACCCCCACCACAGGGGCACCCAACGAGGGUUUUCUGUGAAUUAUCUGUUCAGAGAAGCAAAUAUUGUCCACCACAGAAAAUACCAUAACAUACCAUAAAAUGGCCCCAAGAGAAACUAAAAACUAUGCUUAUAAAAAUUUUGGAGUGACCAACAAAGAGUAUUAUGGUAUGUUGUGGUAUUUUCUGUAGUGGUCAAUUGCCUGGAAUUUUCUUUUGCUUGAGGAUGUCUAGAAAUUUCUAGAUGACCGUUCCAUUCAGGUACAAUUUUCGAACCUUUAAUAAUUAUCUAAUCCCGGCUUGGUAGAGAAAAUAAUAGGGGAACCUUGUAAAAAUGGAAAAGGCAAUCCCUCCCUCCCCGACCCACUAAACAACGUUGUCCCGCUGAUCAAAUGCAAGUUACCUCAGAAAACAAUAAACAAGUCAACAUUGGUCGGGAGGGUGGAGGAAGGUCCGGCAUUAGAGAUAAGGGAAAGUUAGCGAGACGCAAAACCACAAACUAAUGACUGUUGCUACUUGCAGAACUUUUCCCACACUUCGUUGGCUUCUUCCCUCGACACAUACCACUGCAGAAGUAAUUUUGGCGUUGAUAGUUUUCUAAGAAUAAUAAUAAUAAUAAUAAUAAUAAAUAAAAUUUGUAACGCCCUGGUUCCAUACAAAUUUUCUGAAUUGAUUAUUAUUAACAAAAUUGGGCGAAAAGCUCACUUUUCUGCUUUUAAAUGGCUUGCCCUUUUGUCACUGAUGACGCCAUAUACUGUAGCGAUGGUAACACCAUCACAUUUUGUGUAAAAUGUGUAUAUUUGCAGUGGAACCCCGGUAAUGUAUCAUCUGCAAUAAGAAUAGUUAAAAAGUAAUGCCAAAUGAAUUCCCUCUUGAUUAUUUUCGCUCAUAAACGUGAUCAUUUCCAUUAUAGGUCAGUCUAAAGAAUCUCUCAAGACAAGCUUUCUUGCAAGUCGAUGAACGAUCUGGAUUUAAUCUUCUCCAGGCGGCUGUCUUAGAGGGAAAAUACGACAUUGUCUUAAAAGCUAAUGGCCUUCUUGAGAAUUUUUUAGAAGAGAUGGAACAUAGAAAAACUGGAAAUAACGCCAAAGGAUUUCCAGGGAAAACUGCGGUUGACAUCUUAUCACUUGUGUUGGGAACAAAAUCAAGUCAUUAUAGCAUCAAAAGAUUUUAUAAAAACUGGGCUGAAAACAACAGCAGACUGACUGAGCUGCAGUGGGGUACAUGCAAUAACGAUGUGGAACAGGCAGUGGACUUUGUAUUAAGUGACAGUGUAGAUAUUAAUGCCCGAGCGUCAGAAAAUGAUUACACAGCUUUGUUGUGGGCGAGUUGUUCAUCAUCAAGUCAGUUUAUUGAGACCCUCAUUGAUCUAGGGGCCGACGUUAAUGCCCAAAGGAAAGAUGACAAAGUUACACCUCUAAUAUUAGCAAUUGAAUGGAACAACUACAUUGCAGCGUGCUUGCUUUUAAGGCAUGGAGCUGAUGUAGAUGUCCAGGGUGGUGAUGGGUUCACACCCCUGCACUUUUCAGUCAAUAAAAGUCACGAAAACGUCAUCAGAUUGUUGAUUGAACACAACGCGGAUGUAAAUAUUCAAGAUACAUGGGGAUAUACACCCUUGCACUUGUGUGCCAAAGAGGGUAAGGAAAACCUCUGUAGAUUGUUACUUGAACACAACGCGAAUGUAAAUAUUCAAGAUACAUGGGGAUAUACACCCUUGUUCCUGUGUGUUAGAGAGGGUAAUGAAAACCUCUGUAGAUUGUUACUUGAACACAACGCGGAUGUAAAUAUUGGAGAAAAAGAUGGAGGUACACCCUUGCACCUGUGUGUCAGAGAGGGUAACGAAAACCUCUGUAGAUUGUUACUUGAACACAACGCGGAUGUAAAUAUUCAAGAUACAUGGGGAUAUACACCCUUGCACUUGUGUGCCAGAGAGGGUAACGAAAAUCUCUGUAGAUUGUUACUUGAACACAACGCGGAUGUAAAUAUUCAAGAUACAUGGGGAUAUACACCCUUGCACUUGUGUGCCAGAAAGGGUAACGAACACCUCUGUAGAUUGUUACUUGAACACAACGCGGAUGUAAAUAUUCAAGAUACAUGGGGAUAUACACCCUUGCACUUGUGGGCCAGAAAAGGGAACGAAAACCUCUGUAGAAUGUUACUUGAACACAACGCGGAUGUAAAUAUUCAAUAUAAAGAUGGAUAUACACCCUUGCACCUGUGUGUCAGAGAGGGUAACGAAAACCUCUGUAGAUUGUUACUUAAACACAACGCGGAUGUAAAUAUUCGAGAUAAAGAAGGAGAUACACCCUUGCACCUGUGUGUCAGACAGGGUAAUGAAAACCUCUGUAGAUGGUUACUUGAACACAACACGGAUGUAAAUAUUCAAGAUACAUGGGGAUAUACUCCC